AUGGCUCGCAAGCCUGCACUCCUCGAGCUUCUUAUAUGGACACUCUCAAUACCGAUAGCAUCUUGUCAUUCUCGCCGGUUAGGCGGUGAUAUUGCCUCACUCGUACCUACGUGUGCUCAGCCCUGCUUGGAGUCAUUCAUACGAUCCAAUUAUCCGACAGUAGAUUGUGGAACCAACUUUACAUUACCAUGCCUAUGUCCAGCCCAGUCCCUCACGGGCUUCACGGUUGGAGAGGCUGCGUUGCAAUGCCUGUUGGGGUAUGUUCAAAUUGGUCGUUGCGAUGAGAAGGAUGCCGAGGGUCCUGCCCCAGCGAGGGUCUUAAAUAUAUGCAGCGGACAGGAAAAUGCAUUGCCAAAUACACAUCCUACACUUACAGCGACCUUGAUCGUACCGCCAUCAGGGGUUCCCAUUUUAUUACCGCCAACUUCUACACCAACCACGCUGCCAACCUCGUCGACAACCUCGUCGACUGUAAGAUCAACACAGACAACUUUCAAGACGACUACCCGUACCACAGCGUCCCUCACCACCAGCACUCCUUCUUCAAUUUCUUCCUCUUCAAUAUUUUCCUCUUCAAUUUCUUCCUCUGUGACUACAACCAUGGUGAUGAGCUCAUUGUUGACGUCGACCUCGUUUUCGAGCCCAACCUUGGCUCCGACUUCAAGUCCAACUGCCGAGCCAUCGUCGGGGGCACGGCUUGCGCCAGGCCAGAUAGUUGGUAUUUCCGUAGGUGUAGCUGGUGCUAUAGCCAUAGCAGCAGGCUCUAUCUUCUUAGCGAGAUGCUUGCGUCGAAGAAAAUACCCCGAUUCGGAAUCUGAAAAGCCACUUUAUCAAAAUGACAAUACCACCGAUGGCCCUGAUCUUUUGGGAUCAAGAGGCUCUCGUAUCUUCCACGUAUCCCCUCCUAUUUUGCGAACGUCUAAAUAUCGCCCAGAUUUCUUUUCUCGCCCGACACCUGUAAUGCCACAGACAGACCAGCCGGAGCCACCUACCCAGUCUGCAAAUAUCGAUCGGAAUACUAUUGGCUUGGCUAUUUCGCGCCCCCGUAGCUUCAUACCGCCAAAGCCAUCUCCAAACCUGUUCUCUUCUAUCACAUCAAAGCCCUCAAAACUAUUGCCCCCAAGGCCGGCUCUAACGCUUGAUAUUCCAUCGACGACGGUUCCCACUGACAGAACGAGCACCGUUACGAAUCUGACCGGGUUUGCCGAUCUCGAUUCUGAGGCCGCUGAAGGCGGACAAACCUGGCGGCCGCCACCUACAGACCCCCAGUCGGCCACAACCAACAAUAAUCGCCGGUCUCAGAUUGCCCAAAUCGUUGAAGCAGCUGAGUUGGAUACGUAUACGCCGAUGACCAAGUCACCGGUGGAAAAAAGGGAAGAAGCUGCUCGAAUGACCGAUGCCAUAUCUGCAGCUGCUGCUAUACCAAAAGCACCACAACCAGCCUUUUUAUCCCGAGACCCAACAAAUUGGACAUAUUCUCAAUCUUCAAGUGCGUAUUCACAAGCUAGUGCAGUCCGGCAGAUAGGAAGGAGAAACUCGAGUAGGAAUAGCACCUCAAGAGCUCAAAAGAACGGCGGUGGGCCUCUAAUCAAUCGCUCUGAUUCUAAAGCUUCGGCCACCACAAUACAGACUUCUUCGACAGGAGGAAAUGAGGAUGGGCCCGCUUACGAAAAUGACAUUGCUCGACUAUCGCAACUGUCACCCGUUGCAGAGUCGCCAAAUAUAGCAAGCAGACGUUCUCGGGUAAACUACCCGAAAUUUUCGGGACGUCUAGAUGGAGCAACGAUCCGAUACGUCCCACCGCCUAAGAAGCCAAACUUCACUGGAUCGCUGUCCGACCAAGCAAGCCCAACACUCGGAGUCGUGUAUCCUGUUGAGGGUUCGCCUUCAGCAAUCCCUCUCCCUCUAAACCCCAGACGCAAAGAGAGGCGAUUCGUACCAAUGCAGAGGGAUGGGUCGGGGUUUACGCCGGAACCACCUAAUGUUGAAGUGUUCCCUAUCCAGAACUUCGCUCGUCCAAACGAGAUUUCAAAUUCAGGACCAUACCUAAGGGCCGAUUAUGCAGCUGGCCAGCCCACAGAACCAUACAGCUACGGGGAUGAUUAUCAGCAACGGAACCCAUUUCUAACACCACCGCAACCACCAUAUCCCACAUUCACACCCUCACCGCCCUCCCCGUCACCCCCCGAGCCCGCUGAGAAGAGAGCAGUAAGCCCACAGCAAUCCAGCAUAAUGAACCGAGGGCGACCACAUAUUACAUCUCAACGAGCAGAAUCCGGGACAAGCUUUGGAACCGUCAGCUCGAACGCAAGUUCGCUUCUCGCAAAACGGCUCGGUACCGACAGGGCUGCAGCUCUUGUGAUUGAUCCAUAUAGCAGGAAAGCACAGCAGUGGAGACAGCAGGGUGGUGGGAUCAACAACGGAGAUUUUUUAAGUCCGGAUGCCUACUCUCUAGCAUCACCGAAGGGGACGCUUCCCCAAACACCAAUAUGGCAACCAAAACUGACGCCAACACGACGAGGCGACGAUCUUUUCUUAAAUGUACAAUGA